GGGCAGCUCCUUGAACAGAAGUAGCAGGGGAACGCUGUUUUCGAGUUACUAGCGUGAGGGGAGUAAGUUAGACAUCUUUGGUAGAAAGUAUAGAAGUCGUUGAAAACGUGGAGAAGGUUUAAUGUUCUCUGGCAUGUUUGAAAACAGAACACACUUAUACAACAGUAACUCCCAUAUACGCACGCCAUCAUAAGGGAUUCGUUCAGCCUUCAAUUGUUGAUUGACGGUUCCUGUUUUGAAAUCACCAUCGUUUCGAUAAUAUUAUUAUUCUAUGAACAAAUGGAACCAGAAUAGAGAAAAUUGAAGAAGACGUUGUCGCUGUGUAUUAUUUACACUAUUGUGCUAGUUAAUAUCUAUCAAAGUGAUAUAGAUAGGAAAAAGUAAACGUCAGCAUCGCAAUUUAACCUCUCUUUGGUUUUAUUAUUUGAAUGAGAAUUAUCGGUCCAUAAGUAUUUUCUUUGUGGAGAAAUCGGUCUUCAAAGGCAACUUACGGCAAAAUGAGUGUAAGAUUAUUAAAAGAUCCUGCUACUGUGAGUAGCCGCAUAUUCGUGGGCCAUUUGCAAACAGAUGAUAUGACCAAACACGAAUUAGAGGAACAUUUUUCAAAAUACGGGACUGUUGUUGGUUCGGCGAUAAAUAGAGGUUUUGGAUUUGUUCAGUUUGAGGAAGAACAGUCUGCUCAAAAAGCUAUUCAAAAUGAGAAUGGUGCGAUGUUCAAAGGCAGAAGAAUAGAUGUUAGACCAGCAAAGAAAGAUAAUCAGUCUGGAGGUGGAGGACCAAAACAACAGGGAGGUCCAACUAAUCAGUUUAGUUCUAACAGCAAUCAUUUCAAUACUGGAAAUGAUUCUUUUAAUAGUGGAAAUCAGAGUUUUAGUGGAAAUUCUUCUUUCAAUGCGAACCAAAGUUUUGGUUCUGAUAUACAAAUGAAUGAUAGUCAAAAGGGGAGUACCAUACAAAAUCGUAAUGAUCAAUUUGGCGAUGGAAAUCAGAAUAAUGAUCAGUUUGGAAAUCAAAAUAGAAAUAAUGGAAGUGAUCAGUUUAAUAGUAUAAUGCAAAAUAAAGGCAAUAAUCAGUUUAAUCCAGGUAAUCAGAAUAGAACUGGUAAUCAAUUUGGACCUGGUGGGAAUCAAAAUAGACCAGGAGGGAAUCAAAACCGAAAUGUGAAUAAUCAGAAUAAUCAUAAUCAAACUGGUGGAGGUGGUGGAGGUGUGAACAGUGGUGGAGGUGGCAGAGCAAGAGGUAAUAGGGCUGGAAAAAAUCGAAAUAAAAACAGAGACAAUUCAGGGGGAAAUAACUUCAGAGAUCGUAGCCCUAUUAACAGAAGUGGUCGUUUAGAAGAUAAAAGUGGUAGAGAUUGGGAUCAUAAACAAGGCGAUAGAACUAGAAACAAUAACUUUGGCAGAGACUCAUUUAAUGACAGUAACAAUCGCUAUGAAGAUUUCAAAAAUAAUGGACCUAGGGAUGUAAACAUGAGUUUCAAUAAUACAAAUACCACAAGUGAGUAUACAAAUGCAACAACUGAAAAAAAUGACUGUGAAAUCAUUGUUGUCAACAAGGCACUAACGGAAUAUGCAGAAAGUAUUGAGGCUAGGCUGAAAAAGAUUGGGUUAACAGUGGAUUUACUAUUUCCAAAUGAAGAUGUACUUCUUAGUAGGGUUUUAGGAAAUAUAGCAAGUCGUGGAUGUUUGUAUGCUGUUGUAGUUACACCGAUCAAUCAAGAACAUCAUUCCUUAACACUAAAUAUUCUUCAUGGCUUACCACAAGAGCACAGAAACAUGCUUGUCGAAGAUGCUAUUAAUUUAAUAUCGCGGGACUUUGCCAAUUACAAAGCCGGUGGACGAUCAGUACCACUGAACACACCGUUUGCGAAUGAGCGACAUCCUGAUGCUAUCCAAGUUCUUUUAAACAUGCUGGCUGAUAAUCACCAAUUAACAGUACUACAGUACGAUCGUGUAAUAAAGUAUCUUGAGAUUAAACGAGAGGAACAAGUACAAGUAGAAUUAGGAGACGUAAAAGAUCUGACCACAACAACGACGACGAUAGCAGUCAGCGAUCCAAAACAAGCAGAAUUACAGUCAAGGAUACUUAAUAUAUUAAAUAGCAAUAAAACCAGUUCGACAGCACCUGUUCCUAGCCCGGUUCCGGCUCCAACAUCUGCACCAACUCCAGUCCCACCGGCUACUUGGGGAUCAGCAGCAUCAACUGCCACAACAGCGUCCACAACAACUACCUCUACGGGAGUUUCACCAUCACCUCUGCUAAACGAUCCGACAGUUCAAAAGGCCCUUGACAGUCUGUUGCAAGGCAAUUUGCUCAAAAGCAUCGGCGAUCAGCAACCGGCUACAACCACGACACCUCUGUUUGCCGCUUUUUCGAAUAUCGGUCGAUUUUAAUUGAUUUUUUCAAUCAUACAUGGUUUUUUUUAUUGCGUUUCAUCUCAUUCAGCAGGACAUUUCAUUUCAUUUUGUUCGAUGAAAUGAAUAUUCUACAGGCUAUAUUUGAUAGUAUAUUGGAAACUAGUUAAUAUCAUCAACUUUAACAACAAGUGGUUUUGAUAUUCUUCUCUGGUGAAGUGUUAGCAUGCUUAUAUGUGCAUAAAAUAAUACACUUUUGAACAUAGGAUUUAUAAGGGUUUGUAAGUUCUAUACAGUAUUCCAUAGUUAUUUGAAGAAGUUAAUACUUUUUGCCUGGUCUGCUUUUAACUACUAACGGAAAUUAUUGUUCUUAUAUUUUUUAUGAUGAGAACAUUGGUAUUAAGUUUGUAAUUUACCAAGAUUUUCUCACAGAAUAUGUUUAGUUGUAGGAUAUAGAAAUGAUUUGAACAACAUACAAUUAUAAAGGUACUAACAUCUGUUAUAUUAAUAUAAUGAAAAAUGUGUGGUGAAAUUCUAUGUUCUACAAUCAUUUAAUGAAAUAAUAUGUUUGUCAAAUAACAGUGAAAUACUGUAGAUGUUAUAUUUCUAUGGUUCUGAAUAUCAUAGGUGUACACUGAUAUUUGCCUAUACAUAUGUUCAAUCCUUUCAUUCCCAGGACAGAAAUUUUAACUUAGUAUGCAUAGCAUGAUAAACAGAAGAGAUGUUGCGUAUUAGAUGUAUGUCUGAUGAUUUUCAAGGAUGAGCUUUAUGCUUCUUUUAACCCUGUUGCUUCCCAUUGCUAUAAUGUUAAUCAAGGUAUGAUUCAUACCUUAAAUAUUAAACAAUAGGUUUGAAGUAUAAUUAUAUUCUGAACUUUAAUGAAGCCUGAAUAGUUUGUUAUGGUGGAGAAUUUCAAUGUGUAAUAUAUUGAUUUAGUGGUAGAUAAUUUGAUGAAACAAUUCCAUCACUCAUUAUAAUUAUAUGUUAUUUUCAAUUUAGUGCGUAGAAUUUAUUACAUUAUCAUUUUAAUGAAUUGCCAUUGUUGCUUAUGUCUCUUUUAUAGCUUUUAUUAGUUUUGAAAUAUUACGUUAUCAGUACCUACAGUGUGUCUCUUGAAAUUAGUAAGAGAAACCAUUUGGGCGAAUUUAUAAGCCUUGUAAACUUUGUCUAAUGUAAAAAUAUACAUAUAUACAUAUAUAUAUAUAUAAAUAUAAAUAUAAAGCAUUUCAUUUUUAUAAUAAAUUACGAUGCUUAUAAAAUAUUAAGUUUCCUAUUGCACUUGUGAUGAUGCAGGUGUGUUCUUUUUCCUAAGGAAAGUAGAAAUUGAGUAUUAUAUAUGUUUCUUAAACCAUAUAUUAUUACAUAACUUUCAAUCAGUUUAUUCGUACAAAUGUAUUACAUGAAAGUUUUGCACAUUCUUUUUUUAGGAAUUAGAUAAACAUCAUAUGUAUAACUUCAAUAAACUGUUUUUAGGAAUAUUUUAUGUCUUUUAUUAACAACUUGAUAUAACGUUGAUGCCUCAUUCUCGUGGAUCUAGAAACAAGAAAAUACACGUCUGUUCAAUCAGUUUUAACAACCUCACUGACUUGCUCUUCACAUACCUUUGCAGCAAAGUGCGUAAUGUAUAGACCCAUUAUUAUGAAGCAGUAUAAGCUAUGAACUCAGAAGCAGCUUCAUUAUGUUAAUAAGCAAUAAAAUAAACUAGUGCAUAAAGUGAAGUACAUUUUAUAUAAUUAAAUGUGAUUUGCAGGAUGUAAGUAAGCAUAUUAUUAAGCAUUAGCAGGUAAGCAAAGCUAUAUGGGUAUAAAUAAGCAUGGAUACUUGUUAUGUUGACAUAUGAUCAAAUUUACCUAAGUAAUAACUCUUUAGGUAUUGUUCUGCGUGUACUAUCUCUUCGCAAGGCUGGGACACUUCUUUGUAUAGAAUACAAAGAACGGAUUUUACAGCAUCAAUAUCAUACAUAUUCUUUACCAAUCUCUGCUUAUAUGGUUUCAGUUUCUCUACGAGUUCUUUGUUUUUGGUGAUGGAACCAAUGUGAUUCUGAAGAAUUUCGUUGUACAUUGGCCAGUUGGCAUCACAGGCAGGACAGUCACAUUCAAAGAAAUAGUCCUCCAUUAUUUUCUCUCUUCUUUCAGAUCUUGGCAUAUGUGCAUAUGCAGCACCAUAACCAGUGAAUAUUUGAUCUCCAGGAUAUAUUGGUUCCAAAGCACGAGUGAGCAUUGUCAAUCCUUCAAAAUGACGAAAAGUGUUUGGAGCACAGGAGUGGUUGUACAAGCUAUGCGUCACAUAU